CCCCCGCCCCCUUAAGACCCCCCCUCUCCCUUGUGUCCAAUUUCUAUCCGGCGGACAAAUAACCGCCCCCCCUUGGUGGGCGCCCUGUCCCUUUAAGGGGCCCCGGCCUCGCUCGGCCCCUUUAAUUCGCUCGCUCCGGAGCUGCCUCCCGGUUCGCAGAGGCGGGGGGAACCCGGCCCCCCCACGCGCCCGCUUCAUCAGGUGCACCCCACUGUCGGCCACCUGGAGCUCUCCCAGCUGCCUGCACCCCCCUGCUUGGCCCCUCCUGGGCCCCCCCACCCCCAUCUUCCCCAGUGCGUCCCAAACCCCAUCUCCACUCUCCUGGCUCCCCCAUUCCCUUCCAGCCCUGCCCCCGUCUCUGCCCCUCUCCUUCCCCCCCAGCCCCAACUCCUUCACCCAUUUCUUGCCCCUGACUCCCCCACCCUUCCAAGCCCCCCCAAAACCCCUGUCUCAGCCCCCCAGGCCCUUCCAAGCCGCUCCAGCUCCCCCCAAACCCCCCACUUCCCCACAACCUGCCAUCUUAGCUCCCCCAGAGCCCCUAUCUCAACCCCCCCAGGCCCCUCCAGCUUUUUCCAACAGUGCCCGCACUCAUCCAGCCCCCCGAACCCCUAUCUCCUGCCCCCCAAGACCACCCACCUGUCCCCAGACAUCUCCAAGCCCCCCAAACCCCUAUCUCAGCCCCCCAGACUCCUCCCCAAGACCACCCAGCCUGCCCCAGAGCCCCUCAAGCCACUCCAGCUGCCCCCAACCCCCCCAGCCACUUCUGAACCCCCCUCAGACACAUCCAAGCCCCCCCGUUUCUUUCCCCUAGACAGGCCUCUAGACACCCCCAAGCCGCUCGAGCUCGCCCACUCUCAACCCUCCCAGGUUCCCCCAAAUCCCUAUCUGCACUCAUCCAGAGCCCUCGGGUCCCCAUAGCAACCCCAUCUCAGUCCCUCACCUCCCCAGGUCCAUCCAACCCCCCAUCUCGGCCCCUCCAAAGCCCCUGGGUCCCCCCAGCAUCCCCACCCCGGCCCCCCAGGCCCCGUCUCUGGGCGCAACAAUGGCAUCGGGGCCGGAGCUGCUGCGCUUCCAGCUGCCAGGCCACGAGGCAGCCACGCUGCGCAACAUGAACCAGCUGCGGGCCGAGGAGCGGUUCUGCGACGUGACCAUCGUGGCCGAGAGCCUCAAGUUCCGGGGGCACAAGGUGAUCCUGGCAGCCUGCUCACCCUUCCUGCGCGACCAGUUCCUGCUCAACCCCAGCUCCGAGCUGCAGGUCUCGCUGGUCCACAGCGCCCGCAUUGUGGCCGACCUGCUGCUUUCCUGCUACACGGGUGCCCUGGAGUUUGCCGUCCGCGAUGUAGUCAACUACCUGACGGCUGCCAGUUACCUGCAGAUGGAACAUGUGGUGGAAAAGUGCCGCAAUGCCUUGUCCCAGUUCAUUGAGCCCCGCAUCGGCCUUAAGGAGGACAAGCCAGGGGCAGGCGGGGGCCCGCGCCCAGCCCCCUUGCGCCACACCAAACCGGCCCCCCGCAAGCCUCGCCCACCUGUCAAGCUGGAGCUGCGCCUGGCCGAGGAGCCUGAGCCCAAGGAUGAGGACGAUGAUGACGAGGAGGAUGACGGGGAUGAGGAUGCCGUGUCCGACAUCUGCAUUGUCAAGGUGGAGUCAGCCUAUGAGGUGGCCCAGCGCCACCGCAAGCAGCACCUGCUGCAGCCUGCCUGGGCCAAGGAUGGGGCAGCAGGGGCCAGCUGGGUCAAGGACGGGUCUUCUACCGCCAACUGGGUCAAGGAUGGGUCUUCCACAGGCAGCUGGGCCAAGGAUGGGUUGUCGCCAAGCAACUGGACAAAGGAGGGGUCAUCGGCGGCCAACUGGACAAAGGAGGGGACAUCGGCAGCCAACUGGGUCAAAGAGGGGUCAGCCAUGGCCAACUGGAGCAAAGAAGGGUCUUCCAUGGCCAACUGGGCGAAGGAGGGGUCAUCGCCAGGUAACUGGGCAAAAGAGGGGUCGUCGCCGGGCAACUGGAGCAAAGAGAGGUCAUCACCGUCCAACUGGGCCAAGGAAGGGUCGUCGCCGGGGACGUGGGCCAAGGAAGGGUCGUCGCCAGGGACGUGGGCCAAGGAGGGGUCGUCACCAGGGGCGUGGGCCAAGGAGGGCAGCUGGGCCAAGGAGGGCCCCGGUGACGGCGAGGGUGAGGACCCGGGCCCCGAGGCGGCCGGGCCAGCACCAGGUGAGCCAGGCAAGGCGGUGCCAGGUGUGGUGAAAGCCCGCUAUGCCCUGGCAGAGGACACGGAGGGCGAGGGGCUCCUGCUGCUGCCCCCGGGGGCCUACCUGGAGCCCGGGCCACCCAGCGGGGGUGGGCACGGGGCCGGGGGUGCGGGCGGGGGGCCGGCGCGCUGUGCCAAGUGUGGCGAGGCCUUCCAAGGGGUGGAGAAGCUGGUGUUCCACAUGCGGGCCCAGCACUUUGUCUUCAUGUGCCCGCGCUGCGGGAAGCAGUUCAACCACAGCAGUAACCUCAACCGGCACAUGAACGUGCACCGCGGCGUCAAGUCCCACUCGUGCGGUGUCUGCGGCAAGAGCUUCACACAGAAGUCCACGCUGCACGACCACCUCAACCUGCACAGCGGCCUGCGGCCCUACCGCUGCUCCUACUGCGACGUGCGCUUCGCUCACAAACCCGCCAUCCGCCGCCACCUCAAGGAGCAGCAUGGCAAGACUACGGCCGAGAACGUGCUGGAAGCCAGCGUGGCCGAGAUCAACGUGCUCGUCCGCUGAGCCAGGGCUGGGUGGGGUGUGGGGGGCCCAGGGGCCUGGAGAACCCAGGUGUCCAGGGUCCAGAUCCCGUAGCAGGUAGAGAUCACAGGCAUCGGGUGCCUGGACCCUGCUGUGGGUGGAGAACCCACACAUCCAGGUGUCCAGAUCCCAUAGCAAGUAGAGAACCCAGGUGUCCGGAUCCCAUAGCAGGUAGAGAACCCAGGUGUCCGGGUGCCUGGACCCCACUGAGGGUGGAGAGCCCGGGUGUCCGGGGUCCGGAUCCCGUAGCAGGUAGAAAAUCCGGGUGCCUGGAUGGCAUGGCAGUGCAGAACCCACAGCAGACAGAGGACCCAAGUAUCCAGGUGCCCGGACCCGCCAUGGGAAGAGAACCCAGGUGUCCAGACCUCAUAGCAGAUACAGCAGGGGUUCCCAACCCCCGGUCCACAGCCCGGUGCUAGGAUGGGACGGGCUGGCUGCCGGACCAGAAGUGAUUGCGGACCGGCAAACUGCGGACUGGAAAUGAUGGGGAUCCUGCAGACUGGCAGCCAACCCUUCCCUACGCGGAGUAGAAACAAGGGUUGGGGUUGGUCCGCAGUUUGCCGGUCCACGGUCGCUUGCCGGCCCUCAGCAUAAGAAGGCUGGGAACCCUGCGACGGAGAACCGGGCGUCCGGUGCAUGGGUGAGACCCCCGGUGCCCAGGUCCCGUAGCAGGUCGAGAUCCCAGGGUCCCGACUCCCCGGCGGAAGGAGGCACCAGGCGUGCAGGAGUCUGGCCCCUGGGUAGUGCAGGUCCCGCGGCUGGAGAGGACUGGGGGGGGGGGGGGUGAAGCGGAGUUGAGGGUGUAAUGGGGGGGCCCGGACGCCUGGGGUCUCCGGAGGGGGGGCGAGUUGCCAUCAACCAAAGAAUAACCACGUGAGCCCGCGGAGGGGCGGGGCCUGGGGGCUCCGGUAGCAGUAGCAGUAGUAAGAGGUAUUACCCCGUGGUAGGCGGGGCUAGAUGGGGCGGGGCCUAGACCCUGCUGGGGUGGGGGGCGGGCCUGGGCCCGGGGGGCGGGGCCAUAGAGGAUUAACCGUUUUUAGACUUUUUAACUUUUUUUUUAAUUAAAAUAAUUCAAAAGGAAAUAAAA